AUGGAGUUCUUACAAGAACAAAGAAGCGAGGCCGCGACUGAAUGGAAGAUAAAGACGAUGAGAAUGCUUUCACUUUUGGCAAUCCUGUGCACAAGUGUAAAACUCGCUUCAACCCAGGCAUUAUGGACUCCAAUUUAUGUAGACAGCACGAGCCAAGUUGACUUGUGGACGCAAUCAGGAGUCGGGUGUAAAUGUAGUUUUGACAGUACAAGUAAAAACUGUGCUUGCUGCGUUAAGGAAGGCGGAUGUCCAUGUGGCAGUCAGGCACCCAACAGAUGUGCCCAGUGUGGCAUCCAGCACUUCUGCACAAAUAUGUGCAAUAUGACAUUAGAUGCGAGGGUUUUGAUUUCCAAGUCGGGUAAAAGCUUCGGCCAAUUGAAAUCACCACCAGUGCAGGGGCCUACAUUCUGCUGGUUUUCUUUCAUACCCGAUGAUGAUCAACGGGUUGAAAUCCAAAUAUACAGGCUUAUCAGUGUUGGAAAAUUUAAUGGCACGAGUUGUGAAGCAGGCUUUGUUCAGUUGGUGGAUGGAAUGUCUCCGACAACAAAAUUUGGAGACACUCAGAUUUGUGGGACCAACGAAAGAUUUACACCUCCUGUCUUGCUCUUCGCUGACAAUGGGCCAGCAACACUAAUUUUCAAGGUGGCAGAACCUACGCAUAGAUCCCAGUUCAUGGCUUAUUUCAGUUUCACGUCAGUGAACGGCAGCCUAGGCCCUGGCUUUAGACCUCGAGGAGGAAAAAGUUUAGAUGGGACAGAGUGUGAUUGGAUGUUUCAAGAGAGCGCAUGCAAAGGGAAUAUUUGCCAGUUUUCAAGCCCUGGAUAUCCGGGGGUGUAUCCGCCCAACAGAAGGUGUCUGUAUCACAUAGCCGGUUCUUCUCAUUCUAUGAUUAAAUUAAUUUUUAAGGCUCUUUCUCUGCCGCACAGCCAUUGUAAUUCUCAUUUUAUUAAAGUCUAUUCUGGCCCAACCACCUCAAGCCCUGUGUUAACUACUUUGUGCAGAAAUAGAAAACAAACAAUCGUUCACGAAGGACCUAACCUUCUUUUAGAAUUUAGCUCUGGUUCAUCUAUUCAUCCAUUUGAUUUCAACGGAUUUGUUGUUGCACUGGAAUUUAUCAAUAUUCCAACAACACUUGCUCCGACAACUAUGACCUCAAAGACAACUCCAAGCAAUAUCUUAGGAAGUAUAUCCAAUAGCCAUAAGAAAGAGUGCUCUCUCAUAUUUUAUGGUAACGAAACAAGAAGUGGACAUUUUGAUUCAAGAGGAAAAGCGUGGCACCAGAAUUGCACAGUUAUGUUUAUCGGAAGGCCUAAUGAUGUAAUACAUCUAUCACUUGUAAAUUAUCACUUACGCGCAAGCGCUUGCCAAACAGCUCUUGAGAUUUAUAGUACAUUUCCUUCUGAAGGGAAGAAACCACUUAAAAGAAUUUGUAGCCCAGCAAAAAAGCAUGCUCGUGAUCCAUCUAAGGCCACAUCGCAGGAAACAUUUGCCUCGUCUGGUAAUGUGAUGGUGAUAUUUUUAAGAAGGCCUUCCAAUUAUGAGGAUAUCGAACCUGAAUUUGUGGAUGGGAUGUUUUUAUUCCAUGACCAACAUGUUGAUGGGACGCUACAACCAGACACUAUCUGUGAUGUUGAAUUUUUUGGACAUAGUAGUAAUUCUGUGGGACAGGUUCGAAAUCCAGGGAACCAGCAUUAUUUCUGGAACUCUCAGAAUCCAAUACGAUGUUCACAAAGAUUUAUACCAGCUGCAAACCAAAGUAUAACAAUAAAGGUUGUCUCUCUUACCCAUCUUCCAUUGGAAAGUAACUGUAAAACGGAAUGUGGCGAUGGUGGUUGCCGGUGUGUACCCAAAGGAUACUUGGCUAGUGUUAACCAUCUAGUUUUAACAUCAUCUACAGGCAAAUCACUGUCGUGUUUGUGCAGUGACUUUAAGCAAGAAUGGCUACCUGUAGGACUCCGAAGCUGGUCUCCUGUCAAUGUUGUUUAUUCCGUCGCUCCUAACAGCUGGGCCACAAAAGGCUUUCAUUUCCAAGCAGAUUAUAUUUUCCACAAUGACAACAUUUGUGGAUUUCGUGUAAUGAAACAGCAUUCAGGUACUGUAAGCUCAGGGCAGUUGGAAAGGGAGAACCCUUUGAAUUAUUAUUAUUUCCAAACUUGUCACUGGGUACUGGAUUCCAACGUAGAGAGACAGCUUACUGUUGAUGUACAUAGCGUUCAAAAUCGUCCUUGUACUGCAUGGAACAUAACUCUUCAUGAAUACAAUGAAAUAAAUCCUGAAAAAAUUGGCGCAUUAUUGCAUACAUUUUGCCCAAGAUACGUGCACAAAAGUUUCGAGCUUCCGUGGAAACUCAAUAUCAUUGUAAUCAGGUUAAAUGCGAUGACACGAAUGGCACCGGAUUUCACUUUUAAAUGGAAAUCACAGAUUGUGAGGACGAAUACGAGGUUGGCUGGCAUCACACCCGCCCAGCCGUCAAACUCAGUAAUUCAAACGAGUGAUUGUUUAUUAAUUUUCCUUCUUGCUGUGAUCGGAUUGAAAUAGUAUGUGAAAUAAAUGUAUAUAAAUGUGCUUUGAAUGCAGUGUCUUUUACUGCCACUCAUCUAUAUGACUUAACAAAUUUAUGUAAAUUUAAAAAACAAAAAAAUCAGCCAAAACUAAAGACUAUUGAAGACCUUGUCCGAAUUCAGAGGUUUUUCCACGUUUUCAAUCUCCUGACAGUUCAAAUUUAAAUGAGCCAAAGUUAAAUGCUGAUCUCAUCAAGAAAAAAAUGAGGAAGUGCAAUGAAUCGUGUUUUAAAUAGUUCAUUAAUUUCAGUGAACUGUGAUUAAAAUUCUAUCCAUCACCAGUAGUUAAUUUAGAGAUUUGUAAACUUUUGUAAAAUGAAAUACAAAAGUAACAAACAAUAUGUGUUCAUUUAUAUUC